UUAAAUUAAAAUUUUAAAAACUACUUUAUACAAAUUUGUCUUGUAAUGCAGUUGCAAAAUUACAGCGCGUGUAUACUGCAAGUGUAUAUUAUAUAGUUUUGUAAAUUCUGCGUAGAAAUGUUUGGUUUUAUUUCGAUAUUAAUAAAAUGUGUUGGAAAAACAUUAGAUUUUCAAUUGCAAGAUGAAAUUCUUGAAAGUGCGCGAUACAAUUUUUCUGAAAAAAUAUUUGCUAUUCAUCUGUUUAAUAUCAUAGAAUUUGUAGUAACAAAGCUAAAAGAAUAUCGCGUACGGAGAAUCAUUGAUACUGAAUAAAUUGAAGAAUACUAAUGUGUAAAAUUAUUACUAAGAGAAAACAUAAAUGAAUGAAUGGAAAUGUUUCUUUUUAUAUCAAUGAAACCAAGAUGUAUGAAGCGAUACUAUAUUGUAUACUUGAUUGAAUGACUAAUAAAGAUAAAGUGAAUGCCACAACAUAUCUGUCGAAUGUCAUGGACAAUUGAAGAGAGCGCAGUAUCAACUUCCUGCCGGUGUUACGGAGGCUAAUUAUGCUUAAGCUUGUCGACAAGAGUCACUUAAUAAUAAUAAUUAAUUAUAUUUACAAAUCAGUUUAGUUUAGAGUCUGAAUAAAUUAAAAGAUUGUGAUUAGAAUUAUAACAAUUUCAAUCUUUCUUCUGGAAGAUGUUUCUACGCUUAAAACCGAUGCUAACAUACAGUGGCUGCGGUAUAGGAGCUGCAGAGGCUGAAAGUGGUUCCCCAGCAGGAUCGUUAUUAUCUGGCGAAGGAGAACUUCCAGAAGAAGCCGGCGAUUCUCCGGGGACAUCACGAGACACCGAAGAGGAAGCUACGCUUUCCGACGAGUUUUAUUCCCACGACACCGACGAGGAGGACGAUCAGAGCAAGAAAAGGCGGGACCGUUCUACCUCCCUAGACGGUAUUUCGUCUUCUGGCAGUGGUCAUUUGGGAUCGCCUACGCCUCGCGCAGGUCUAGGAGUUAGAAAAUUAUUCACAAACAGCCGCGAACGAUGGAGGCAGCAAAAUGUGAGCGGUGCUUUCGCCGAGCUUCGCAAAUUGGUGCCGACGCAUCCGCCGGACAAGAAAUUGUCGAAAAACGAGAUACUAAGAAUGGCGAUAAGAUACAUAAGGUUGUUAAGCAAUGUUCUGGAGUGGCAGAAGGGUCAAGAUCGUAACGGGAUGCAACAUGACGUGCGCAUCAAAUGCGAGUCGCAUUUGAAUAAUCAAAACUCCGUUACGUAUCAUGCGAAGCCGACUGUAACCUUCUUGAAACAGGAGAAGUCGAGUGUAUCUGAAAAUUCUCAUGUUUUUCGCGUAAAUUAUACCGCGCAGAGGCACAACUCUCACGCGGCGUGUGACAAAAACAGUAGCAAUUUGCUGAUGAUCGCACCAACCGGACUCAACGCAGCAAUUACCACCGGAAAACGCUGCGUCACACCUUCCGUCGUUGUCACACAAGGCAACUUUCACAACAGCAGCAACAAUGGAAAUCUUAUACGUUCUUCAUCGAACGGACGUUCUUCGGGCUUUCCAAAAUCACCGCAAGUUUCAUCGAACACCGGCAUGAUAUCUAAUGGAUCCUCUUCAUCCUUGACAUGCAAUGCACCACUUACAAAUGGAGUAGGAUCAAGCGGACCAAGUUGUGCUCAGAAAAGAUUCAAAAUCGAGAGGGAGGAAGAGGAUCAAAUUCCGAGAGACUGCAGAGUCCCGCCACCAUCCGUUCAUAGUGUACCGGUCAGAAAAAGAGGAAAAGUAACUUUUGUGAAGGACUCGAGCUCAGUGUUUCGUAGCGAUUUAUGCAACAUAGAUCGCAAAUGAAAUGUGAGCCGAGAAAUAACUCUGUAGAACGAUCGUUACAAUUUUCUUUCAACAGUAUAUGCAUGUCCUGUAAAUAUUUUCUUUAUGCUGUAUUUGACAAUAAUUGGUGUUGUACAAUAUAAACAAUUUCUCUCGAUAAAUCUGCUGAGAUAAUGUA